CUCUCUGUUUGCCUAUCUCUCGUCUCUGCCCAGUCAUCAGGGAGUCAUCAGUCUCCCAGUCUCACCCGGCUACCCACCAGCCGCUCGCGUCCAGCAUGCGCUGUCUCCGGGGCCUCCUCGCCGUCUCCGGCCACCUCGCCGGCCGCCACGUGCCUGCGACCACCGCCUCAGCCUCCCCCCACAGCGCUCUCUUCGUUCGUGCCCUCCAAAUCCUCGCCCAGGCGGGACCCGUCCGGCUCCAGAAGCUCUCGGCGCCAGACUCCGCUGCGGCCUGCGACAGGGAUCGUGGAGGUCAGGCUGGAGCGGCCGGAGGCGAAGAACGCCAUAGGGAAGGAGAUGAUCCAGGGGCUGCGGAGCGCGAUCGAGGAGGUGGAGGCCGACGCGACCGCGAACGUCGCCUUGGUAUUGAGCUCCUUGCCAAAGGUUUUCUGCGCGGGCGCUGACCUCAAGGAAAGGAGGUUAAUGGGCCCUAGUGAAGUUCGGGAAUUUGUUAAUUCCUUAAGAUCUACAUUCUCAUCCUUUGAGGCAUUGUCCAUUCCAACGAUCGCUGUUGUUGAAGGAGUUGCUUUUGGUGGUGGGUUGGAAUUGGCUCUUUCAUGCGAUCUUCGCAUAUGUGGGGAGGAUGCAAAAUUCAGCUUGCCAGAGACUGGCCUUGCUAUUAUUCCUGGAGCUGGGGGAACACAGCGCCUUCCUAGGAUUGUUGGGAGGUCCAGAGCAAAGGAACUAAUAUUCACUGGUCGUAGAUUCGAUGCAAUGGAAGCGGUGACUAUGGGAGUAGUAAACUACCUUGUUCCUGCUGGCGAAGCUUAUCAAAAAGCUCUUGAACUUGCACGGGAGAUAAAUCAGAAAGGCCCGUUAGCAAUAAAAAUGGCCAAGAAGGCCAUCAAUGAAGGGGUAGAGGUAGACAUGUCCUCUGCACUGGCUGUUGAAGAAGAAUGCUAUGAGCAAGUCCUGCAUACUCAGGAUCGUCUUGAAGGUCUAGCUGCAUUUGCCGAGAAAAGAAAACCUGUAUACACAGGAAAGUAGGCUUGUCGGUGAUCUUAGGUUCAAAUUGUAAAUGGCAUUAGCAUGCCAUCUCUAAAAGGGUGGCAAUAUGCAUGCAGAUUCAUGUAUAUCUCAAUAAGUUUCAGAAAAUAAAAGAUGUAUCUGGCAUGCUAUUUGCAAACGAAUUGAGAUGCAAAUAGCAUUGCAAAAUA